CCUGUUUUUUUCUGUAGUCAAUAGUCAUUUGCUGCUUGCUUUACUUUGUGUUCUAUAAAUGAACUGAUUCAAGUGAAUUUCCUUUUCGUCUUAUACAUUGUAUACACUGCAUAUAAUGAUUUCGGAUUGGAAAAGGCCUGAUAGUAUUCCAUUUCCAACAAUUUGGCACCGAUUUAAAGGACAAAAGACAAUGUCAAAUGGAGAAUUGCCAAAUUUUUGGGUUCAGGAUAUGCCCGAAGAUUUGUAUGAAGUAGCUAUAGAAUUAAUGCAGAAACAUUUCAUGAAAGAUGAACCUCUUAGUAGAUUUUCAAAAGCUAUAGAUAAUCCAGUAUGUGUGGGGGAGUGGCGAGAAUUGUUGAAUAACGUAUUUAAAGAUAGGCUUGCAUUGGUUUGUUUUAUGGAAAACCCAGAUACAAAUAAAAAACCAAUUAUCGCAGGAUUAAAUAUAACUACUGUUGCAAGAAAAAAUGAAAAACCACCUCAGUCUGUGUCUAAACAAGGUCGCAAAGUUGGUCAAAUAGCUAAAUUCCUAUCAAAAAUGAAAGAUCCUUUUGAAACCCUAGGUGUAAACGAGUAUUUAACGGCGUAUGGUUUACUGGUACUUCCAGAAUUUAGGGGACAAAAUUUAGGNAGUGGUCAAAGCAUUGGCGCGUAA